GCAGCGCAUGUCAGUUGGCCAUCCGUCGCUUGCUCCGCUGCCGCGACAGAUCUCUCUUGCAUUGCGUCACUCUUCCUCUCUCUCUCGUGAUUGUGGAGUAGUGUUGCGGACAACCAGUGAUUUACGACUUUGAGCUUGAGUUUUGAAUUCGGUUUUGGAGCUUUUGGUGGCUAUGGCGGCGCUUUCGAGCUCACCUGUGGCUCCGUGCUGCGUUAAGGGCGCUGUUGCAGCGAUCCGAGCAAUGGAGAGGACCAGAACGCUGCGGAGCAGCGUAUGGCAGAUGGGUUGCUGCCCUGUUGAGCAUCUGCGGUGCGGUGGUCAGGUUGGAGUUACUGCCGUUACCAAGAGACGUGGUGUUGUGGCGUGCGCUGCUGCUGCUGCUUCGUCAACUACUGAUGUACCUACAGUGGCCGAUACGAAGCUAUCGUUUAUCAAAUCAUACAGGAAGCCUAUCCCUAGCAUUUACAGCAACGUAAUUCAGGAGCUCUUGGUGCAACAGCAUUUGAUGCGAUACAAUUCGACCUAUGUCUAUGAUCCCAUCUUUGCUCUAGGAUUUGUGACUGUGUACGAUCAACUCAUGGACGGGUAUCCAAACGAUGAAGAUCGUGAUGCAAUCUUUAAGGCUUACAUUUCCGCAUUGAACGAGGAUCCCGAGCAGUACAGGAAAGACUCUAAGAAGCUCGAGGAGUGGGCCGCAGCUCAAAGUGGAAGUGGUAUUGCCGACUUUGCAGGUAAGGAUGGUGAGGUGGAGGCUGCUCUUAAGGACAUCGCGGAGCGGGCCGCAGGAAAAGAGAAAUUUCACUACAGUCGAUUCUUUGCAAUCGGCUUGUUCAGACUUCUUGAAUGCGCCAAGGCCUCCGACCCAGCUGUGUUGGAAACGCUGUCUAAGGCCCUGAAUGUGAGCAAGAGGAGCGUGGAUCGGGACUUAGACGUGUACAGGAACCUGUUGUCUAAACUGGCUCAAGGGAAAGAGCUGAUCAAGGAAUACGUUGACAGGGAGAAGAAAAAGAAAGCAGAGCGAGAUGCGGCUGCAGCAAAUAAGUCAUCAGCCGAGUCUGUUGCAAAGACAGAGGGCUCCAAGCCCGAGUAAGGACAGUUUGAUUAGUCGAAGUUUCUUGUUUGUUCACAGCCCAUCCUUUUGACACUAUCAUUCUUCCAGUUGGAACGAGUAUUCUAGAGACCUAUCUGCUCUGAAUCUUUGUUGGGGCAGUAUUUUGAGAAAGCGCGAGAGCAAGCAUAUUCAGGGUUGAUGUUUCAUGUCUGACAUGAUUUCCGUAGUAGGUUAGUGAUCACGGAAAUGCCGUGCUAUGACUUAGUGAUCUAGUCACUUUCCAGGUGUGUGAAGCUCUCCAUGUGUUUCCAAACAGAUGCUGGAGUAGUAGGGCAUGGUAAAAUUUCUAAUAGCACGCAAGUAGGAUCCUGUACCUUAUGGCAUGAGCUGGUGUAACUUCUCAUUGUAAUAUGGCUGACAUCGGUUACCACCUGAAACAAAUGUGUGCUCCUUUGCCACUGAAUUUUAUUUUUCAGUGAUCCCAAAGAUGGCACACACUAACGUAGUUCUUAUUAUGCAAGGAAUGUGUUUUAAUACAUUAACUGGAAGUUUAUGAGCAA